AUGCCUACAGAAAUCGAAGGAACCCACGAUCUUGGUGAUGUCUCUCUCUACACAAAGUCCUGGAAGCCUGACGGAGAUGCUGUAGCCAAGCUCAUCUUCAUCCACGGCUUCAAUGAUCAUUGCAACCGCUACUAUGAGCUAUUCCCUACCCUAGCUUCUCGAGGAAUCGAGACCCACGCCUUUGAUCAGCGAGGCUGGGGACGCUCUGUGAAGACUCCUUUUCAGCAAGGUCUCACAGGCCCUACCACUCAAGUCAUUGCAGACAUUGUAUCAUUCAUCAAGACACAACUCCCUUCGCCAGUACCACUGUUUGUCAUGGGGCAUUCGAUGGGUGGAGGCGAGGCAGUGAUGUUGGCUUCCGACCCUCUGUAUGCGGAUCUCGCCAAGGAUGUUCGAGGAUGGGUGUUAGAGAGCCCCUUCAUUGGGUUUCCGAAGGGUCAUGAACCUCCAGGACUGACAGUGUUCGUUGGAAGAGUGGCUGGGAAGCUGCUCCCACACAUGAAAAGAGCUUCAGCCCUCCCUGCUGAAAAUUUGACUAGAGAUCCAGAGGUUGUGAAGUCUCUUCUUGAAGAUAAGCUGUUGCAUGGCAAUGGGACUCUGGAAGGACUGGCUGGUAUGCUGGACAGGACUUCGCAGUUGAACCAGGGCAAAGUCAAGUUGAACCCCUGUGUGAAGGCUGUUUGGCUUGGACAUGGCACCGAGGACAAGGGAACCAGCUAUGAUGAGAGCAAGAAGUGGUUCGAAAGACAGACCCAGCUUGAGGAUAAGGAGUUCAAGACGUAUGAGGGAUGGUCCCAUCAGUUGCACGCAGACUUGCCUGAGAACAGAUCGGUGUUCGCAAAUGAUGUUGCCAACUGGAUCCUGGCAAGGGCUGUAAAUGGGGAGAGUAAAUCAAAGUUGUGA